AGUAGCAUGUAAACUUUGUGUAUGGCCUGUGAUAGUGACAUUUACUCCAUGGAUUUUGGAGGUGUGUGUGUGUGUGUGUGUGUGUGUGUGUGUAUGGGAACGCUGUCUACUGUGCGUUUAGAAAGCAUUUAUUAAGGUGGUCCCCCUGUCAGGCGCCAAUUAUUUAUCGGGAAAUAUAACAGUUAAAAGGAGAGAGGACACAGAGCAGUCCUUGCCGGCUGCGGAGAGCUGUCACUUUAUCUGUGUGUGUGUGCAUGUGUGUGUGUGGAGAGGGAUUACCAGUACGCGCGUGAUGCUGAGCGCAGUUUUGGUGAUGCAUUCAGUCGGGGGACGUGCGUCGGGGAGCAGUGAGCGUCAAUCCGGACAUUCAGCGGCAGAUUCCCCACAGUAGCAGGGGAAGGGGAUCCAGCCGGUUCGGGGCCACCGUCUCUGCAAAUCACAGGAUUUCGACUCAUUUUGUGUUUUAUUUCUUUUUUUGAUGAAUGCUCUGUUGGUGCAGAGUCAAUGAUCAAGAUGCGCACCGCUGAACAAAGGAUUUAGGGGAAAACGAUCAAAAAUCUCGGUGACAGUUUAAUCCUGACACCAGUUUGUUUUUCGUCUAUGCCCAUUUCUGCCUCUGAGAACAACAGACACGGGCUAAAUAGUGGGGUUGAUCUGCUUUUAAAGCUGAAGCAGGAGGAAUCAUCUGGGCUGACCGCGAACGAGUCCAUGUGGAUGGAGAGAGAAUACGCAAACACAGCGAGCGGAGCUCAUUCCGAAAUGUGACAUUUUUACCCUCCCAGUCUCCCAUCAAACCUGACAACCGUGCAUCUGCCUACGUUCCCGAUCGGAUUUGUUUACAUCGAUUAAGAGAUGGCGUUCCUCCCGGUCCUCCUCCUGCUUCUUCUGACUGUCGCCCAGCGUGCCAUCGGUCAGGACUCGGAGGACUCUGAGGCUCUCCCAACAGGCUGCGGCUGGGGCCUUGUUCGUCCAUACACCCUCCUCUGUGACCUGGACUCCAUAUGGGGUGUGGCGGUGGAGGCAGUGGCUGCUGGGGGGGUGCUGACGGCCUUCUUGCUAGCCCUGAUCCUGCUGUGCCGCUUACACACCAUCGGUGAAGCUGAGAAGCGCAGUGGCGUCGGGCCCAUCCUCCUGCUGCUGCUCGGCAUCCUGGGCUUGUUCGGCCUGAGCUUUGCUUACCUGAUCGAGCAGGACGAGUCUUUAUGUUUGCUCCAAAGGGCCCUGUGGGGUGUCCUGUUCGCCCUCUGCUUCUCCUGCUUGCUGGUGCAGGGCGUCCGCUUGCGCAGGAUUGGCCUUGAGCGCCGGAGCCCUGGCGGCUGCGCCCUAACAGGCCUCGCUCUGGGUUUGACCGCCGUGCAGGGCAUCAUCGCCGCCGAGUGGCUACUUCUCACGGUGCUAAGGGAGGGACGACCUGCCUGUGAGUACCUGCCGAUGGACUUCUCGUUAGCCUGCAGCUACGUGUUAGCCCUUCUUCUGGCCGCGCUCACUGCCGCCUGCCUGGCCCUGUGCGGGAAGACAAGUCAGUGGCGCUGCAAUGCCAUCUGGCUGGUGGUGACCUGCCUGCUGUCGCUGCUGCUGUGGGUGGCCUGGGUGGGCUUCUAUCUGCACGGCAUUGAAUGGCUGGGUAGGUCCCCAGAGUGGAAUGACCCGGCCCUGGCCAUUGCUCUGGUUGCUCAGGGCUGGCUGCUGCUCAUCUUCCACGCCAUUCCUGAAGCCCACAUCUGCCUGAGAUCCCCUCCACAGCCCACUGCACCAGAUUACUUUGACACCUCCCAGAACUCAACACGAAUGAGAGAGACCAGCUUCGACGAAGACAUCCCGCUCUCUCACAGGCAGUUUGUGGAGAACCAAGGCUACGGAUACAGCGAUGAGAACGCUGCAGGCUUGAGGACUGGGGGUCCCGCAGUUCCACACAACAGCAACACGGGACCCAGGCCCAGCGCUCCUUUCCGCAGCAAUGUCUACCAACCCACCGAGAUGACCAUGAUCCUGAACGGGGGAGCGGUGAGUACAUCCUCCCAGUCUCAGGUGCCCUCUGCCCCUCCUACCUACACGGGGAGGCAGCUGUGGUGAGGGAGAGGAUCCGAAAGAAGAUGUUUGGUAGAAAAUGAAGAGGAGGGUGGAGAGGGUGAGGAGGGAGGGGUCCUGGAUGAGGGGCCCCGACUGGUUGAAUUGGAUUCCUACAGGGCCCUUUCCCUCUGUGUACAGACUUAAACACUGACUGCGUGCCAUUUUACUGUUGUAUGAGUGUGUGUGAGACUGAGAAAUAGCAGGGUAUGGAGGACAGAGCUAAAGCUCUUCCAGCACACAAAUCUCCAUAGAAGGGUUCAGAAACUUGAAAUGUGGCAGCAAGUAGCAAAACGCACACGCUGACUUAGAUUUGAAAAUAUCAACAUGCAGUAUUCUUUUUCUUUGAUUUGCUCUACUGAGACUAUACAGCACUGUAAGCAUCCUUGAAAAACUGUGAAAUCUAGCGCCUUUUCCUGCUCUCUCUCUCUCUCUCUCUUCCUGUCAGUCAGGAUGUCUUUUCUGCUGCUCCUCAAAAUGCUGGCGCUCACGUGGAAACAUUUGGCCCUGUCCUCCAUUCAUCCACAGUGUAGGUUAAGACAGAGCACAUGGGCAACUGUACAGCUCGAGCACCACCUGCUUUCAAAUAAUUUAGCCUCUGUGGGUGUGUAUGUGGAGUGUAUGAGAGGAACAAGAGUGUGUGUAUUCCCUACAUCUCAACUCCACCGCUCCGAUAAACCUCCCCUCUCCAGGCUGUUAUCCUUCAGUGAACACUUCUUCUUCCUCCUUCUCUAUCUCCGUUUCCGGUCUCACUGCACUGUCUGUGAAUACAACACGUAACUCUUCUAACCCUUGCCUCAUCCUCCCACCUGCAUGGACACUUUGCCAAAUGUGAAACAAACUGUAAAGCCCGAACACAAGCUCACGGCUAAAGCAGCCCGAAGCACCUGAACAGAGGGGGCGCAAGCUGCUUCUGAACUGUGUUACAUGGAGUAGCGUGGAUUCUGAUUGGGCGAGGAGGGCGUCAGUCAUUGGUGGAGAGGCACUGCUUCCUGAAUCUAGGUCAGACUGCUGUGUGCUGCUCUCCCACAUCUCCGGUGGCCACUGGCGCUUUUGAACCAGCCAGGAGAAACUGUCACUUUAUAUUAGCAGGAAACGGAGCGAGGAAGUGAAGCGUUGCCCUGUACUUAAUCUCCUCUAUCUGUGUUUAUGUGUGCGUAUGUAUGAUUUUAUGAGUGUCCGGGUUUGGCAGGGGGGAAUUUCAAGAAGUCAAGGUUGCUUUCUGGUGCUAAAUAUCCCUCCACACAACAUCCCAGUGUGGCACAAAACUACAGGAACAACACUGAUGCAGAUGUCAAAAAUGUCAGUGAUGGGGGAUAAAUGGAGCUGUGGCUGGUGUGUGGAGAUAUCCUAGAGCCUGAGAAAGAUCAGAUUUACAGUUCAAGGUAGAAAGAGAAAGAUAUCAAAUAUAAGAAUAGGAAGAAGGGGGAUGGGAGCGAGGAGGAAGGAGAUAGCAAGGACGGUCCGAGGGGAGUUUAUGCGACAUCUGCAAGAUCUGUGUGAGAAAAUGGCUCCCUGGUCUGACUGUGUGUGUUUGUGCGGGCGACCAUGCUGCUCUGCUCUAUGUGGUUGUCUUCUUUAUCUGGUGAAGCGUCUCCGUCUCCUCCUCCUCCUCCUCCUCCUGUCUCCCUGUGGUCGGCUAUAGUUCGAGUGUAGCCCCGUGCCAAGAAGGACUCUGGUUUCACCGGAGUCUUCGUUUCACGCCCUUUCCUUCAUCACGACACCGGCUCUCUCUCUUCACCAGAGACGCUGUGUACAUAGUAGUGCUGCAAAGCUUUGCUUGCUUGUUUACUUUUUCUUUUCAUUACAUUAUAACUGUAGCCUAAGUUUAGACACCAGUGUCAUGUGACCCCUUGAGAACUGACUACUGCAAACCUUUUUUUAUCUGAGGUAUUUUUUUUAAAACUGGUUUGCUUAGUUGUUCAUACAUUUGGUUGUUGUUUCACUAUAUGCUUUGAUUUCUCUCUUGCUGGUGUCUUUUUAAAAGCUAGCAUUUUGGAAAUAUUUUGCCAUAAAAUAGAUAUGCUUUAUUUUUUGUUUAAUUAAUGUUCAUGGAAAUGAUGAGUUGUCAUAUAAAGGGAUUUAUGUCAGUUGUACCUCCUGCAAUAUUCUCAGUCAAGUCCUCUCUUCACUGUAACAGUUACAGGGAUAUAAACAUACUUAUUUUUUUUAGAAAAAUGACUAUGGCUGUGAAUAUUUUUGGCACUUCAUGCAGUAAACAAUGACUUAUUCUGCAAUAUGAAUAUGUUGAGGAUAAUCAAUAAAAAAAAGGGUGCUGAAAAAUCUAAUUUGGUGACCCUUGGUGUUACAGUAGAUCAACCCUCGACUAGGAAAAGCCAAAGGGUACACCCCAGACUGCUGCUGUAGGCUAGGUCUUACCCACUGGCUAUUCUAAAAUGGGAUUGGUCCCAGCAGGCCAGCUCCAUGCCCAAAGAGAGCGUGUCCUGCUCCUUCAGGCUCUGUUCGGGCCCACCCUGCGUCUUAGCUCAUGAAGAAGAACUAUCCUCAGGGUUUUGGAUGGUCAGCAGUAACAAGAUAAAACUCUCAACAUUAAGAGCGGAGGGGGGAGGUGUUAGUUCUUGUUGUUUUCACUCAAUGUGGAGUACAAAAAAAACAAAAAAAAACAAUAAUACCAUGUGACUUUGUAGAUUUUGCACUUGUCGACUACCUAUCUGUGCAUGCUUAUCACCAUUUCUACAUGUAAGACCUUUCUCAGACGUACUUUUGAAUACUAACUCUAUUUAUGUAAAGGUCAUGUGACAGCAAUCAUAAUUUCAGUGUAUAUCAGAUGACACAUUUAAUGUCUGUGCUUUCUUAAACACUAAAGAGAGCUGGCUCUUGAGAAGCAAAAAGAUUAAAGUCAGGGGAAAUGGUCCAAAAUAGUAUGAUUCCCCCAAAAGGAACAAAAUGCCAUCUCUACUGGACCUAAUAAUAACUUCCUUGUUAGUUUGAAGUCUAGAGGGGGAAAAAAAGAGAAUCUUCUGACUGGUAUCGUCUCUGUGUUUAAAAUCAAAUAGACUGUGGUGAAAUUUGCACAAAACCUCUAUAUGUUAAGUUUGUCAUCCCUGGGCAGCCCACUGAACACUCAUCCUGGGUUUGACUUGUCCUUGCCUGUCCUCUCCUGAUUUGUCUUGCCUUCAGACUGUUCCAGCGGGGCAGCUGACAGGGGUGAUAUUGGUUUUCACAGCUGUGACUGUGCGGUGACGCAGCAUGCCUAUGUAUAGAACUUGAUUCCUCUAAUUAGAAAAAAAAAACAGUUAACUUGUUUCUGUAAUUGAAUCAGGAAAAAAAUAAGUUCAAUAAAAGUGUCAUGUUUGUAGUUAACUUUUAA